AUGAUGAUCCUGGGAAAGAUAUUCCUCAUAGUCUUAUUGCUAUGUUCAGUUUUCUCAAUAGCCUCAUCAAGAAGAGGACAUUCAUCAAGCAACAUAGAUUGGUGGUGCAACCUAACCCCACACCCUAAGCCAUGCAAAUACUACAUUGGUCAAAUGAAUCACCAUUUCACAAUCAAACACAGAACUGAAUUCAGGGGAAUGCUUGUUCAACUGGCCUUAAAGCAAUCUCUUAUCAUGCAAAAGGAAGCACAUAAAUUUGAACAAAACAUGGAGACAAAGAAGCAUAGAACUGUGUAUGGUGAUUGUUUAAAGCUCUAUGAAAACACCAUCUUCCAUCUCAACCGUACCCUUGAAGGCUUGCAUGAUCUGAAGAGAAGCUGUUCACCUGUUGAUGCACAAACAUGGCUAAGCACUGCUCUUACAAACAUUCAAACGUGUCGAACCGGGGCUGAAGAACUCAGUGUUCAAGAUUUCAUGGUGUCAAAUGUGAGAACCAAUGUCACAGAGCUGAUAAGGAAUAGCUUAGCAAUCAACAUGGAUUUCCUGAAGCAAAAUGAACAUAAUAAGCACACAGAAACAACAGAAGAAGCAUUUCCAAGUUGGUUUUCAACUCGUGAGAGGAAAUUGUUGCAGUCUUCAACUAUAAAGGCAAAUCUUGUGGUAGCAAAAGAUGGUUCAGGAAAUUUUAGGAGUGUCCAAGAGGCUCUUAAUGCAGCUGCAAAGAGAAGAAACAAGACAAGGUUUGUGAUACAUGUGAAGAAAGGUGUGUAUAGAGAGAACAUUGAGGUUGCAGUGAACAAUGAUAACAUCAUGUUGAUUGGUAAUGGGAUGAGAAAUACCAUAAUAACAAGUAGCAGAAAUGUUCAAGGAGGUUUUACAACUUAUAGUUCUGCAACAGCAGGUAUAGAUGGCCUUCACUUCAUUGCAAGAGACAUUACCUUCCAAAAUGCCGCCGGUCCUCAAAAGGGUCAAGCCGUGGCGCUCCGGUCAUCCUCCGACCUCUCCGUCUUCUACCGGUGCAUGAUAACAGGUUACCAAGACACCCUCAUGGUUCAAGCACAGCGUCAAUUUUACAGACAAUGCUACAUCUAUGGCACCAUAGACUUCAUCUUUGGUAAUGCAGCAGUGGUGUUUCAAAAUUGUAACAUUUAUGCAAGAAAGCCUUCAGAUGGCCAAGCAAACAUGAUCACGGCCCAAGGUAGAGAUGACCCAUUUCAAAACACUGGAAUUUCAAUCCACAAUUCUCGAAUCAUGGCUGCACCAGAUCUUAAGCCCGUUUUUGACAAAUACAACACUUUCUUGGGUAGGCCUUGGCAGCAAUAUUCUAGAGUAGUGGUCAUGAAGACUUUCAUUGACACAUUGGUGACCCCAUUGGGUUGGUCUCAAUGGGAUGGUACUAAUUUUGCUUUGGAUACACUCUAUUAUGGAGAGUAUCAGAAUUAUGGGCCUGGUUCAAAUACAGCCAAUAGAGUAAAAUGGCCAGGUUUUCAUCUCAUAACAAGCCCAGUUGUUGCAUCACAGUUUACAGUUACUGGCCUUCUUUCUGGCACUACAUGGUUGCCUACCACAUCUGUGCCAUUUACCUCAGGCCUUUGA